UCCUUGUCUUCAGUCAUCUGGGACUGCGGCCAUAGGUCCUCUGACUUGCUUUCCUCAAGGACGCGAUGUUCACAUGUCCUGACGAAGCAAGGGGUACCUUCCAAGGGGCAAGGUAAUAUAAACUGGAUGUUCGUCCAUUUGCCUCUUCACCCAUGAAGCCGUACCUUUUCGUCUUUCUCGGAGCCCUCGUCGUAGCUGGCGUACGAGGAGCCCUUAACAAUGGUGUGCUGAAGUUGGAAGGUCCACCCUCACUACCUAUCAACGUAUCUCACCCUCUUCAUCCUGCUCUGGCGAGCUUCAGUAUCGAAACAGCCUUCUUCAUCACGUACACUGGCAACCUCACCCAUCCGAACACACUAACAAGGAAUUUACUGGAAAAUCUGAAGAACCGUACCGGACAUCCUGCCGAAAUACGAAUAGGAGGAAUCACAGCCGAUUCGACAUACUGGGAUGGGUCUCAACAGACAGCUUUGUUCAACUUCAUUGACGACCAAGGUGUUCUUCAUAACACUACUAUUGGACCUGGAUUUUGGGAUGCAGUUCAAGAGCUUCUUCCAGAUGGUACUGAAGUGAUCAUGAAUUUGGAUCUCGAAGAUCUGGACUUUCAAGGUGCCUUAUCCAUGGCCCAAUCUGGUGCUCGUGCUUUGGGACAGCAGCAGUUAGUUGGCCUCGAAAUCGGCAACGAACCUGAUCAUUACUUGAAAUUCACACCCGAGAACUAUACUGCAAUAUGGAGGCCAUGGUCAAAAAAUAUCUCUCUUGCCUUGAACUAUACGACCCCCAAAUUCCAGAUCGCCGCAACUGCUGAGGAUCCCUUGUGGCCUUUCGAUGCACCUGGGGCCGACAGGCAACUGGAUUGCGUGAGCGCUCUGAAAGCUGGGGCCAACAACGACAAGACCGUCAGAUCGUGCAGUGAACACACCUACCAAUACAGCGUUUGUGAUCCACCUAGGAUAGCGGUGGCGACUCUUCCUAAUCUGGUCAAUCAUACGCGCCUCGGAAUGUAUCUCGACCUAUGGCAGCCUCGGAUCCACUUCGUUCGUGACACGCUUGGUUCAGAUGCCUUUGUCAUUGGCGAAUAUAAUUCUGUUUCGUGUUCAGGGAAAGAUGGUGUCAGCAAUACCUUUGGGCAAGCACUAUGGUUGCUCGACACGACGUUUUACGCUGCCUCGCUCAAUGUUUCCAGAAUGUUCAUUCAUCAAGGAGGGCCUCUAGCGUUGCAAAGUUCAACACAGCUCAACCACGGUGGAUUGAGUCGUUAUAACCUAUGGUAUCCCGUCGACAACUUGAACGGCCCCAUCCAGGUUUUCCCAUCAUACUCCACCUACCUAUUUAUUACAGAAACACUUGGUCACUCCAAAACCCUACGCAUCGCAAAUAUCUACCCAGGCCGUCAAUCAAAUGGUUCUACGAUAACCACAGCAGGAGGUGACACCUCUGCAGGCCAACUCGUCGCUUACGGCUUCUGGGACACCGAAAGCUCAUUCGGUAGUCGUUUCCCAGCUAAACUGGUUCUCAUCAAUAUGCAGAUUUUCAACCAGACUCAAAGCCAAACACGACCUAGUGUGGUGUUUGACUUCUCGUCUUACUUGCCAGCUUCCAAUACACCGGUGAUGGUUAGACGUUUACAAGCGCCUGGGGCUGAUGUGAAGGCGGGUAAUCAAACUCUGUGGGCUGGACAGACGUUUGCAACAAGUGGUUUGGCUGAAGGAAAGCUUCAGGAAGAGAAGAUAACGAAUGGGAAGAUCACGCUCGAGGCAUCUGAAGCUGCUUUACUGGUGCUCGGGAACCAGCUUACAGGCGCGUCGAGCAACAAAGGCAAUGGCGCUGCGGCUCUAUUGCCUUUCGCGCUUUAG